CUACUCAUUGCCCAUGAGGAUUCGAAACACGGAUUGAGGCGCAUCUGACGGAACAGCAACAUGGCACAGCUACUCACGCCAGUCUCGGAUUGUCCGCUCAAGCGACUGGAGGUCCAGGACGACGCGAAAGUUCGGGUCUACGGCGUGGGGGCCACGGCCAUGGCUCUAACUUUGGCCAUCAAAAACAACAGGACCGAGUCCAGUGACAGGCUCCUCCUCGUGGUCAAUGCUGGCUCCCGGACGGUGGUAAGCGGCCGGCGGUUAUGGGGUUGACUGAGCUGACCAGCAGUUGUCCAUUACGCUCUCGGAUCUCUUGUCCCCUGGUGCGGGAACGUUCACGAUUGCACGUUACUCUCAAGCCAUGACCGUCAGGAUCACGCAGCAAGGCUACGAAGUCAGAGCUUUCUUCGAGGCCGGCCGAGACCUCGAGCUCGCCGCGCACAUGCUCAGCAGGCUCGGCUUCCCGGUCAGAGAAGACUCAGGCAGCCUACAGGGCUUGUCGAACCCAUCCCCCGGCUUCAGCUCGGACCCUCGCCUCUCGUCCAUUACUCCCAUACCGGGCAUGGACACGUUUGGGUCCGCAUCUCACGACUUGUUUCCGUCUUCGCCGUCCAAUCCCGCAUUCGCGGGUGCACCACAGGCAGCAACAUUAGAUGCGCGCAUCUUUGGGCCGCAAAGCGCUUACACGGCGCCGCUGACGAACCGUAUGCAACCCGAGGCAUUGGUACAGCGCUUCAGUCCGUAUAAUCUGUUCGCCCCCAAGCAGGGCGACCUACAUCGACCACCCGUGGGCUCGCCACUCCGGAACUCGUUCUCGCCAGACGAUGCCGGCUCACAGCGCCGGCAUCUCGGCCACGGGCCGGACAACUGGGCGCAGUCACCGCAGUCCAUGUCACCGUCGAUGUCCUCACCACUGAUUCUAGACCCGUCGUUGUCGUUUACGUCGCACGGGAGCUGCGCGUCGAGCGAAGCGUCAGCCAUCGGGAUGCAGUCUAGACCCAGUCCCGAGCGGCAGCGAAGCACCCCGGUCUCUUCUCACGACACGCAGGUCGCAAUACCAGAACGCCGCGACCUCCCCUUUGCGCGGGCCGAAACGGCCACCAGGCCUCCGGUAAAGCCGCAACGGACGAAGGCCUCGACGCGACGUCCGCCCAAGUCCACGGAGAGUGCACAGCGGGUGCGCAAGCGCAAACAGCCCGUGUCCAAGAAGCCGAGUCAGGCAAGACCAGCGAGUCGGAAAAACCCAGCAAGGGCGGCCAAAGUGUUGAGCACACCGCCCUCGGACGUGGCAGAUCAGCCGAACGAUGGCGAUCGCGGAUGCGACAUCCAGAGCGAUCCUGGCCCCCCUGAAUCGGCCACGACGGUGGUGGUCGCCGAACCAAGCGCAGUUCGCCGUCUCUGGACCAUGACUUCUGUGCUUCUUGACCAAUACGAGGCGGACGUAGCCAGAGGUUGCGACCAGGGCCUAUGCGUGCGAUUCUACUUGGAGCGCCUGCAGGGCAUGCGGAGAGACUUUUGGCUCUGUCAUUUGCUGGGUGCUGGCGAGCACGGAAGCGGACCGGCUGGCGAGUCUACCGUGCUUUCCCGCGCCACGAUGCUGCGUUGACGGGUCUGGUAUUCAUUGGGCGGUGUUGUGUUGACGUUGGCCUCGAUCGGCGGCGCAGCUCACUGUGGAUGGAGGAGGAUGAGGAUGAGGAGCAGAAGCAGCAAAAACGCAUGGGCCCGCUCGUGGUCAAGGAAAGGGCAAGGCUUGCAAGGGUCAUGUCAGCCGUGUCUUGUCGACAACGAUAUUGCUACGUAGGGGGCGGAACCCGAGAUUGAGAUGUUCAUCGGCAACGUCGUCGUUGGUUGUGGCCAGGGUUCGGGCGGGCUGAAUUGCAUUGUGUCACCUCGCCACGCCAUGCCAUAUACAUGUUUACGUACGAUGUGCUCGCUCGGCACCUGAUGAUGCUGUGGGGUGGGGAGGGGCGGCAGAGAUCUCGUGCAGACCGAUGCGGCGGCCCUGGCGUCGCGACGGGAUCUUGAUGGCAGCUUCCCAACGCACGCUAAGGAGCGCCGCACCAACGCCGAUCGCUCGUGGGCUUGCAUGGAGGCGGCGCCCGCGAGCUUUGGCCGUAAUGAGCCCGUCCGAC